CGAAGCGACAAAAAGCAGACGCGGAUGUAAAAGAAGUAAAAAGAAGCGAAGCCAGAGACGACUCCAAAUACGGUACCGUUUCAUCGCUUCCGAUUCUUCCUCACCACUGUGACACCCAUCGCUAAGCCCAAUCUGGUACGGCCCCAAUGCUUGUUUGGUGAUCUUGUCAAGUUUAUCAGUGGUGGCCAGUGAAUCGGUACAGCUGUGGUGGUUAUAAACUAGUGCAAGUAAAUCAGAAGGGAAGUUGUUCAAUUCUCCACGCCUAGUGGUGCCAAGUAAUUUAAGUUAGUCAGUACAAGUUGAAAGGACAAGAGUGACAUUUGUUUCACCAAAGUUGGGACUGGGAUGUAAUCACAGUGUCCUUGUUAUACAAGUCUAUGUUUUCCUUAUUCCCAUCUGGCUUGGUGGACUUAGAUGGAUGUUCCCUCGGCGGAACUACCGUGUGAAAGUCAAAGUGAUACUUGCCCAUUGUUAAUGGAGCGGCCAGAAUACCCUAACAGUAGCGAGCACAUCAUUGACAUACCGGGGAUUGCCGAUGUAUCCUCAUCGAGCUUGCCUCAUGAUAGACGCUCUAAUAGCAUAAACACAUCACAGCUGGAAGACAGACCUUCAAGUAGCGCUAGAGUUUCCAUAUCCCAACCCCCAGUUUCUUCCUCUAAUGGUACAAAUUCCAGGAACUCCUCACAUGUAAGGAGGGGAGAUGCCCGUCGACGCAGGAGUCCAUUGAAUUCUGGGGUAUGGAUAUCGAUUGAACUAGUUCUCACUCUGGGCCAGAUCAUUGCGUCUAUUGUUGUUUUGUCUUUGUCAAGGCAUGAAAAUCCACAUGCGCCAUUGUUUGCAUGGAUUGUGGGUUAUGCAUCUGGAUGUGUUGCCACCCUCCCCCUUCUUUAUUGGCGCUAUCGCCAUCGUAACCAGGUUUCAGAGCAAGAUUCGGCUCAACCCCAUCAGACUUCUCAGAUUAAUGUUCCUGCCGGGCCAUUUUCUCUGUCUGUUAGUAGGAAUUCAGAAGGAGAAGAUCAUCAGACUGCUGUUGGAACCUCUAGAGGCAGUCAACAUUCAGGAGUACUGAGUGCAAGGAUUAAGGUACUUGUGGAAUACUUCAAAAUGGCCCUGGAUUGCUUUUUUGCGGUUUGGUUUGUGGUUGGCAAUGUGUGGGUCUUUGGAGGGCACGCAUCUGCUGGUGAUGCUCCUAAUUUGUACAGGUUAUGUAUAGUGUUUCUUACCUUCAGCUGUAUUGGAUAUGCUAUGCCCUUCAUUUUAUGUGCAACAAUCUGCUGUUGUUUGCCUUGUAUAAUCUCCAUCCUUGGGUUUAGAGAAGAUCUGACACAGACUAGAGGAGCCACACCUGAAUCAAUUGAUGCCCUACCAACAUACAAGUUUAAGUUGAAGAGAAGCAACUCAGGUGUCAGUGAAGGUGGUGUUGUGGCUGCAGGAACUGAAAAGGAGCACCUGUUUUCUGGAGAAGAUGCUGUUUGUUGCAUCUGCUUGGGAAAAUAUGCAAACAAUGACGAGCUGAGAGAGUUGCCAUGUUCCCAUUUUUUCCACAAAGAUUGUGUGGAUAAGUGGUUGAGGAUCAAUGCCUUGUGUCCUCUUUGCAAGAGUGAGGUAAAUGGGAGCAUUUUGGGUGGUUCACUCUCUCGGCUAAAUGGUAGCCAAUGACAGAAGGAUGAAAGAAUAUGAUAAUAUAUGUAUGAACGAACUGCUACUUUUUAAAAACUUCUGGAUGGUUGGAUGGUUGCCCAAAUGCACCCAAUUCCAUUCUUUUUCGAUUUUCUAUCCCAGUUUUGGGUGAGAUUUAGCUUGCUAGAUAGAUACUUUGAAAUUGCGUUUGGCAGCCUCUGAGGUGUAGCAAAUGUUCUUCCAGUGGCGGCAUCAUGUGGCCAUGUGAAGGCCCCCUUUUUUAUUUGGCAGUCAGAGUGAACAGAUGAUUUUAUGUAAUUAUGAUAUACGAAUAUGUAGAACAGAGAUGUUGCGAGCAGGUAAUAGAUCAUCGUUUCUAGUUUGUA